AUGAGGAGAAGCAACAGUUCUUUUGGUUAAUAAGAAACUGUUUAUCAAAUUUCAAAACCAAAUUCAAUGUAAGAAAUUAAUUGUAAGACAUUAACACUAAAUAAGCAUCUAUAUGCUUAAGUUAGGGUUAUCAAUAAAAUAGUUCAUUAAAUUAGUUAUAUGCAAAUAGAUUCCUUGGUGAAUGGAAUGAAGAUAAGUACACAGUUACUAGAAAAUAUGUACCCACUUACACUAAUGGUUUAAAUUUAUAUACUACAUAUUGUACUCCAUAAAAUCCAUUUGCUAGUAUUGUGAUCAUACAUGGAUAUGGAGAUCAUUCAGGAAGAUAUUUCCAUGUAUUUUAUAUGAAUAAUUAGAUAAGGUUGCUGAUGAGUAUGCUAAAUCAGGAUUUUAAGUUAUUCUUUAUGAUUAAAGAGGAUUUGGAAAUUCUGGAGGUAUUAGAAGUCAUGGUCACAUUAAAUAGAUGCAUUAAGAUCUGGAAUGCAUAUUAUUGACUAUAGAAAGAUCAUUACCAAUCUUUUUACAAUGUUAAUCAUUAGGAGCUGCAGUUGGCUUAAGUUUUUGUAUUUCCAAUCCUACCUUAAUUCUAUAAGGUGUUAUUGUUGUCAAUCCAUAUUUGUAAUUUGCUUAGAAAUAUGGAUUACUAAAAAAGACAUUACUAACAUUAAUGAAUAAGAUUAUUCCAGUAAAAUACAAAUAAAUAAUAGGGAUUAAUGGUCAAUUCUUAUAUAGAUUUUGGUCAUUGUAGUAAAAAUAACAAUGUCAUAAAAACAGUAGCUGAGGAUAGUUUAGUAUAACCAUUUAUGAGCAUUGGAAUGGCUUAUAAUAUUUUAUAAUUAGAAUAGUACAUCUUACCUAAUGUAUAAUAGUAUAAGAUUUGAUAAAUAAUUUUUAGAUUUGUUUAACCACUCUUAAUUUUACAUGGUAAAGAAGAUAAAGUAGCUAGUCAUAUGAAUUCUGUUGAGCUUUAUAGACUUGCUGGAUCAAAAGAUAAAACUUUAAAAUUAUUUGAUAAAGGAUUUCAUGAAUUAUAAAAUGAUAUUGAAUUUGAGAGAGUCAAAAACAUCAUAACUAUAUGGUGUUAGAAAUAGAUUAAUAAAGAUAAAAGAAUAAGUAUUUUUUAAAUUAAUUUAUAUUAAGGUUAUUUUAGAGAAUUGAAUCAUGGUUUAGUAUCAAAAUAUAAUCAUAAUAGUACAAAAAUGAUAAUAUUUUAAUGGAUAUUGAUAUAUUUUAUGUUAAGAAAGUAUUAAUCAAUUAGAUAAAUUAGUAAAAUGAAAAAUCUAGGACGAAUAGCACGAUUUAUUUGUAUAUUAGCCUUAAUGAUUGCUUCAUUAAUUGUACAUAUUAGAUGGUGA